CGAAAUGAUACCAAAAGCAAUCAGUUCUGAUCUGCUUAAAAUUCGAAAUGGCUUUCCAAGUUACUUUGAGGUUUAUUGUGGUUAUUUGCUUUACAUUUUUAGUGCAAGUUUCCCUAGCUGAGCACAAUAUCCGACAGUGUGCGGACCCAACACAAGCGGCACAUAUACUAUGUCAGAAAGACAUAAAGGAUGGUGCAAAAUUUCUGCAAAUUAUUAAAGAAGUUGUGGACUGUCCGGAGUCUGGAAUAAACACCUAUCCAAUUACUUGUAUUCUGGUUACCAACCAGCUUGGUGAUGAUGGUGGAGAUGCUGAGAUUGUAAGUGGUGGAAUUGGAUACACUUCCGUUGAAAUAUCAAUGACUUCCAAACUUUCCAAGGGGCUUGAUUAUCACAUGGAAAUUUAUACCGCACAAGAGUAGCAAGCAUAACAAUACCACUGCUAUUUAACUAAUUUAAAUAAAUGUUUAUUGGCUUGUAA